CCCAGAGUGACGCAUAUAUGGCUUGAGGUCAUCAGCGCUAUGCAUAGGGCUGGAAACUCUACAAGGGGUCAAUCUACCUUUCUGUUCCAGUCAAUGUCCGCAAGAUGGUUUGGUCAAUUGCCGUUGGCGGAGUCUUGUGUAUCCCCGAAGCCAGACAUUGGGCGGCUACCAUCCAGGCCCAAUUUCCAGCUAGCCGCCUGGUAGCAGAAGCAUGUCCGCGAGUCCAAUGUUCAACUGCGUGGCAGGGAGAAGAUCACUACUGCUCGGGCGACAGAAACUUGGUCCAAACUCAAGGGCAAAUGCGUGGUCAUGUGAGGCUGAGGUGAGAAUACAGGAUAUAGACUCUAUAUACUGUACAGUGCAUACAUGGUCCAUACAUGAACAGGACUAGUAUUGGC